GCACCGUAAACCACCACUCUCACACUCAUCACAACAAAAGCAACAAAACCAUCAUGUUUCGCACUACCAAAAUGAGCAAGAAACCUUCUGCGUCGUCCUCAACGGUGGCGGCAGCAUCCUUGGGAGGACGACGACCUGGCCAGUUUGCGUUGUCGGGUUCUGGCAGCUUCCAGCGAUCUGCCAAGUUUUCCUCGGCAUCCACCCCCUCUUUGUCCACUGCCGGUGCAAAGUCUUCGAUUGCCGGUGCAAAGUCGUCGAGUGCCGGUGCAACCUCCCGAGGAGGUGGCUCUUCGUCUAGAUUGACCCUUCCCUCGUCUGUUUCAGCGGGUACUGCCCCACCAGCUCCGUCUGCUCCGUCUCUAGAUGCUACAGACACCAACGAAGCGAUGGCCGAUGACGGCGCCUUCUUCAUCGAUCUUGGCGCCGACCUCGAAAACAUGGAAAGCUACACGAACGCCCUUCAAACCGAAAUUACUGGUAUUGACAAAGACAUUGGUGAUCUCAAUGCACACAUUGGAGUAGAAGAGGAGCACGCGGAAAACCUUCGACAGGCAGAGAAGAACAACUUCAACGAAAUUGGAGAGCACCUACGCUCGGUGGAGGAAAUGGAGAUCCAUACGGAUGCCACCGCGGCGACCUUUGCCACGCUGGGAGAGACAAUGCAGCGAGACUUGGUCAAGCCUCUCACCAAGGCCGAGAAGGAUUCCGACGCAAGCAGUCACGACAAAGAGAACCAUGGCAAGAACAACAAGGCGGUCGCGCCUACGAAGCAGUUCCUCGAGGACACCUACCGAAGCUGCGACGAGAUGUAUCGCUUGUCGACCGACAAAAAGACCAUGGAAGAGAUCCAAGCGUAUACCACGCAAGUCAAAGAUGAAAUUGCCGCCAUUGAAAGCACCAUUGUGAAGGAAGAUCUGAAAGGAGCGCUCGACAGGAAGAAAGACGAGAAUGAUGGCAAGAAGAGCGAACUCGACUCUGAAAAGAUGGAGCAAAUGCACCUGACACAUGAAAUCAAGAGAACCAGUGAGAGGGCUGGUGAAAAUGCCAACGGCAUUGUGGCAAAGAGAAGCAAGAUGGAGGAGCGCAACGACGAGUUCCGUCGUAACGAGAAGCUGCUCAAAGAAACGCUGGAACUGGCCGAGGCAAGGCUCAAGGGACGCAAGACCAAGGAAGACUGGACAAAGGAAGUUGCCGAGGUGGAGCAGCACCGCGAUUCGAUCCAGCAGAAGCUCGAUCGUGCCAACGACAUGCUCAAGAAACGUGAUGAUGACAAGAAAGAGCAGGAAGAGACGGAGCUUUCCAUUGCAGAGCUUGAAAAGUUGGAACAAGAGCUCAUGGCCCAGGUAGCAGCGAGUGAAGCCAGUGCGGCAGAAGCGGAGGCAGAAUUGGCCAAGGUCAAUGAGCAGGCAGAGGCAGUCGCGGCCAAAAAACGUGUCAAUGAUCAAUUUGAAUCCGAGAACAUCUUGCCCAAGGAGGCCAAGCUGAACGAUCUGCUCAAAGAGAAAGUGGAGUUGGCCAAGCAAAUUAGUGAUAUCAAUGACUUUAUAAAGGAAGACACGGAAAAGUAUGCGCUGGAGGAAGAGAAGCAGGUUGAAACAAUCGAGGAGCUCCAAGAACAAGUCAAGGAGUUGCGCGCCAAGGUCGAUCACAAGACGACAGAGAUGGGCGAAUUCGCUCAAACAACGGAGGAGGGGACCAAGGCCUUUGAGGAGGAGCUUGCUGCUCUUGAGACAACACUUGAAAGCAUCAGGGCAUCGGUCAAAGCCGAACAGUCCAGUCUUGACCAGGAGACACGAACCCACCAACAGCUGAAGGAGGAACAGAAGGAAGCAGAGGGACUCGCAAAGCAGAAAUACGGCGAAUUGCACACGCAGAAGACUAUCCUGGAAGCGGGAGCGUACUUGAUCGACCAAGGGCAGCAGCGAUUGUGCACCAUCGAGAAGGAGUUGGAAUCUGACCUCCAAGACAUCAAGGACGGCACCUACGAGGAACCUAAAGUGCACGUCUACAACGUCAAGGCCGAACUUGAAGAGACCUUGACCCAGAUGACCCAAAAAUUGACGCAACAUUCCGGAAUGCCUUGAAGGCCAAAGUUCGGCUCUGGCUCUAAUAGUUUAGUUUGGGAUGUUUAGCAAUUUUUACCAGGGUAGUCAAUGCAUUCUCCGCCCUCUUAUGCGGCCA